GCGGAAGUCGCUUGUAAGUUGUUGCACUUGACAGUUCUUUAGGUUGAAACGAGUAAUGCCACUCUUUGUUGAGUAAAGUCGCGAGAAAUCUUUCUUUGAAACACGAUUUGCUUAAUUAAAUUAUCGUUAUCACAACGUCUGCUGAUAAUUGUUCAUGCAAGUUAAAGUAAGUGAAAAUCGUUUGCUCACAAGACUACUUACUUCGUAGUUAGCUAACGCUAGCGUGUUAGCUGCUUAGACAACAGCUGCAGUUGAGAGGAUGUCGCUUCACGGCAAGAGAAAAGAAAUCUACAAAUACGAGGCGCCAUGGACGGUGUAUGCGAUGAACUGGAGUGUCCGUCCUGACAAACGCUUUCGGCUGGCACUUGGGAGCUUUGUGGAGGAGUACAACAACAAGGUUCAGCUGGUGGGCCUGGAAGAGGAGAGCUCAGAGUUUGUCUGCAGGAACACAUUUGACCACCCUUACCCCACCACCAAGAUCAUGUGGAUCCCAGACACCAAGGGGGUUUACCCGGACCUUCUGGCCACAAGCGGGGACUACCUGCGCAUUUGGAGGGUCAGUGACACAGAAACUCGUCUUGAAUGCUUGCUGAAUAACAAUAAAAACUCUGACUUCUGUGCUCCCCUCACCUCCUUUGAUUGGAAUGAAGUUGAUCCCAAUCUGCUGGGUACUUCCAGCAUUGACACCACGUGCACUAUCUGGGGGUUGGAGACUGGUCAGGUGUUGGGGCGAGUUAAUCUGGUGUCUGGACAUGUGAAAACCCAGCUGAUUGCUCAUGACAAAGAGGUGUAUGACAUUGCAUUUAGUCGUGCCGGAGGUGGUAGAGAUAUGUUUGCCUCUGUGGGGGCGGAUGGAUCGGUCCGCAUGUUUGACCUCCGUCAUCUGGAGCACAGCACCAUCAUCUAUGAAGACCCCCAGCACCACCCGCUGCUUCGUCUCUGCUGGAACAAGCAAGACCCCAACUAUCUGGCUACAAUGGCCAUGGAUGGCAUGGAGGUGGUCAUUCUGGAUGUACGGGUGCCUUGCACACCAGUGGCUCGGUUGAACAAUCAUCGCGCCUGUGUUAACGGCAUCGCCUGGGCCCCCCACUCCUCAUGUCACAUCUGCACUGCAGCCGACGACCACCAGGCCCUGAUCUGGGACAUCCAGCAGAUGCCACGUGCCAUUGAGGAUCCCAUCCUAGCCUACACCGCUGAAGGGGAGAUCAAUAAUGUGCAGUGGGCCUCCACGCAGCCAGACUGGAUUGCCAUCUGCUACAACAACUGCCUGGAGAUCCUGCGUGUCUAAGACCACGGACACUUAGAUGAAAAGGAGAAGGAAUGCUGUUUCAGUUUUGGACUUAAUUUUUCGCCCUCAUCCCACUACUUUCAAGGUGACGAUGAGGUCACAAGUGAACUUUCUGAAUGUGUUUGAAGUAUCACAUACCUAACCCAUAAUAACCUCGUUUACAUUUCUUACAUGUCUUAACUCCAUUGUUCUCCUAUUAAACGUGUUUUAGCUCUUAUUUAUUUUGCUCCCAAGGUAGUGUUCAGCGUCUGCACAGCAGCUGUAAGAAGCAGUUGAUUUCACCCACCUGAUGAGAUUAUCAUGAAGGGUUUAGAUGUUGUGUGUGUUCUUUGUAAAGGUUGAUGCAAAUUACUGUAGGUGGCAAAAGGUGAGCUCUCUAAUAUGUAGGAAUAGUUGUAGCCACCUUGUGAAUCAUCCCAUAUUAUUGGUGAUUUGAAAGAUCAGUAAGUCUUCUUUACCCCUGUGGUAGUUUCAAUUUCUCAAAUGGGUGUGUGUCCAGUAUCCUCUCUCCAAAUGAUUGUAUACAGGCUCAAACAUGUGACCUGUGCAACUUUUAAAAAUUGUAAAAUAACCUGAGAGGGCUUCAUGUUGUCACUGCUGUGGUGUCUGCCAUCAUAUGGUGUGUUUUGGUUUGUACUGAUGAUGUAGAGUGACACUCAGAACCUACCAAAGCAAUGUUCAGCUUCCUAACUCCCUAAUUAUUCUCUUCAUUUCAUUUAGUAGAAGUUUGGGCUUUGAAAUCUGCAGUUUUCUUGUGUUAGAGUGAAUUGUGGAAUGAGAGGAGAGUGAAACAA